AUGAGAUUAAAUACUUUACCGGAUGUUCUAUUUCCAAAUCCUAUUCAACAUCCAAAUUACAAGAUCUCUUUUUUAAAGAAAGUCAAAGAAGAAAUUCUGAAUGUAAAUAUAUAAUUUGAAUGUAGAAUCAAUUCUAAAAUGAACCUAUGAAAAUGAGUAGAUAAAAUAUGACAAUACGUUCACUUAAGAGAGGAUCAAUCAGAGUUGUUAGUGCAUCUAUUGUUACAUCUCAAAACAAUACAUAAACUAAUUUUAGAUCUGGAUCUUCAAAGUUCAAGAUGAUAAAGGAGCAUUCUCAGAUAGAAGAAAUGGAUGAAACAUUUUCUCGAACAAGGACACCUUCUCAAUUAGUAAGACGAUUAAAAAGAGGAUUAUCAAUGUUUGAAAAAUAGUUGUGA